AUGUGUGACACCUUUGGCAAAAGGAUACAAAUCAAACCCAAGAAUUCCCAAAAAUGGGCACAUCAACCUCUAACACAUCGAUCCAAGCCUUGCACAGAAAUUCAAGUGGGAGCUAUCAAUAAGCUUUUAUUUGGCGUAUUCUCCAUCGCCCUAAUCUUAAUCCAUGUCUCUCAAGCCAGACCCAACAAAGAACCCCACCAGGACCUCAUAGAUGAACACAACAGAGCUCGAGCUGAGGUUGGUGUUGGUGUUGGUUCAAUCAAAUGGAACGACACUGUUGCAGCCUACGCCCAGAAGUAUGCGGAUUCGAAGAUUGAGACGUGUGAAAUGGUGCAGUCACAGGGCCCAUAUGGUGAGAACUUGGCUGAAGGCUAUGGAGAAAUGACCGGCGGGCAGGCAGUGAAGUUUUGGCCCAAGGGGUGGGUCUGGUUCGGUCUGAUCUGGUCCGAUCCAGUCCUAUAG